AUGGAUUCACGUUAUAACUAUGAUGAGCAUUCCCAAACUUGGCCAGUAUUCACAUUAUCAGUCCUUGUGGUAACGCUUAUUCCAUUCACAAUUCAAGCUGUUUCAAAUGCUUUCAGCUCUACAAAAGAAGAACCAAUUGUUGGUGAAAUUAAAUUAGAUAAAGUUGAUUCUCAAAUUAAGAAAUUUAGAUCAAAUAGGAAACCAUCCAAAAUUUUCACAAAGAAAAACUUGUUUAUAUUAUUAGGUUGGUUAUCAAUUGGUGCUUUGAUUUAUCAUAUUAGUAUCACUGAAGUUAAAACACAAGUUAGUGCUUUUGAUCCAUAUGAUUUAUUAGGUGUUGAAUAUGGUACAAGUGAAAAAGAUAUUAAAUCUCAUUUUAGAAAAUUAAGUAUUAAAUUCCAUCCUGAUAAACAAAGAAACUUAUCUGAAGAUGAAAAAUUAAAAUCUGAAGAACAUUUCGUCCUUUUAACUAAAGCUUAUAAGGCAUUAACCGAGGAAACUACAAGAGAAAAUUAUGAAAAAUAUGGUCAUCCAGAUGGUCCUCAACAAGCUUCUCAUGGUAUUGCUUUACCAAAAUUCCUUAUCGAGGGUAAAUCUUCACCAUUAUUAUUAGCUUUAUACAUUGUUUUAAUUGGUGGUGUUUUACCAUAUUUUGUUAGUUCAUGGUGGUCAAAAACUAAAACUUAUACUAAAAAGGGUAUUCAUGUUGAAACUGCAAAUUUAUUUGUGGAAAAAUUAUUAAAUCAUAAACCUUCUAUCAUUGUUAGAGUUGAUACUAUUUUAACUUGGUUAAGUGAAGCAACUGAAUUUAAAAUUUUAUUCCCAAAUAAAUCAAAUGAAGAAAUUUUCCAAUUAUUUCAAAAUCAUUUAAAUAGAAAAACACCAAUCUCUGAUGAUCAAUUGAAAGCUGUUGCUAUCACUCCUUCGUUAAUUGCUGGGUUAAUUGAUUUUGCUGCUUCUUUUAGAAAUACUGAAAUUUCAAAUAUGGCUGUUGAAACUUUAAAACAUUUAGUUCAAGCUGUUCCAGAAUCAACCAAAAAUGAAUUAUUACAAUUACCAAAUGUUGAUCAAACCAUUGUUCAAGAACAAAAAAUUGUUAGAUUAGGUAAAUUAUUAACUUUAGGUAAUGAAGAAAUUAAAAAAACUUUAGGUAUUAAAGAUGACUUAAAAUUAAAAGAAACUUUAGAUGUUGCCACAAAUAUUCCAAUUUUAAAAUUGAUUAAAGCUGAAUUUAAAGUCCCAGGUGAAGUUGUUGUUACACCAGAAUCAACUUGUUAUAUUUCUGUUAAAGUUGUUGUUAAAUCUGCUAAACAUCAUGGUGAAACUCAAAUUUCAGAAGAUAAAUUAAAAGAAAACGAUACUUUAGAAACUCUUAGAGAUCCUUAUCAAAUCGUUAAUGCUCAACCAUCAUUACCAAAAUCAUUUGCACCAUUUUUCCCAACUGAAAGAAGAGGUGGAUUUGUUGCAUUAACUUCAUUACAAAAAGAUACAAAAAUUACAGAAUCACCAGCUUUUUUCCAAAAAUUAAGUUUAUCAAAUUUGGAAUUAACUCAAGAACAAUAUAAAGAUGGAUCAAAAGUUUCUGUUGGAACUUUUAAAAUCCCAAUCACAUCACCAACACCAGCUCAAGAAGGUAAAUAUCAAUUUAGAGUUGUUAUAAAAUCAACAGAUUAUUUCACACAAGAUUUAGAUUUCCCUGUGAUAAUGCAUGUUCAAAAUCCACCAAGAUUAGAAGAAGUUAAUUAUGAUAUUCCAGAUCCUGAUGAAGAUUCUUUAGCUGGUGCAGUUGCACAAAUGAAAGGUGAAAAAGUUAAAAGAGUUGAUGAUGAUAGUGAUGAUGAAGAUAGUGAAUUUGAAGAAGAAUUGAGUGAUUUUGAAGAUAUCAAUACUGAUACUGAAGAUGAAGCUGAAGGAAAUUAA